GUAGUCAAAAUACUAUUGAGAUAUUUUACCUUCUCUUUGAAAUGUGCUAUGCAUUUUACACUUAUAGCACAUCUCCGGUUGGAUUAGUCACAUUUCAAGUGCUCAGUAGUCACAUUUGGCUAGUGGCUGCCUUACUGAACAGUAUAGGGUAAACAUCCAAUUAAAAGGCAGAUAUUGGCUAUCCUUGGGCAGGCCAGCAAAUUUCCGGAUAAGGGAAGCUGGUGGGCAGGAAAAAGGCAUGCAGUGGCCCUCAUGAGCCAGAAGAAUAGCUGCUGACUGAUGCCUGGGGGACCAAACCCAUAAUUGUGGAGCUGGAGCCGCACUGUGUCCCUUGCUUCAGUCUGAUCUUUGGGGAGCCUGCACAGUUCUGACCUCAGUUAAGAGCUGAGGGAAGAAAUUUGGGAAUGUUUGGCCCUGUGUAACAGCAAAAGGAUUCAUUGGUGAGGGUGUCUGGCAGGUAUCCGUAAAGAUAAUAAGAUGAAGGGAACAUCGCCGUUUGGAAAGUGUCGUGAUAUGAUACACAAGUUGUGCUGCCUCUGUGGCUCGAAGGCGUACCACCUUCAGAAGUCAACCUGUGGCAAAUGUGGCUCCCCUGCCAAGCGCAAGAGAAAGUGUAACUGGACUGCCACGGCUGAAAGAAAUACCACGGCGACUGGUUGAAUGAAGCACCUAAACAUUGUAUACUGCAGAUUUAGGCAUGGAUUCUUUGCAGGAACAACACCUACACCCAAGAGGGCAGCAGUUGUGUCAUCCAGUUCAUCUUAAGAAUUUCAAUGAUUAGUCACACAAUAAAUAUUCCGGUUUUUAAAAAUGUAUAUAUUUUAAACAU